AUGUUAAGAUAUGUAAUAACGACUUUAGAUAACGACGAUUCGUUACUUGUUACAUCACCGUUUCUCGGCAGUUCAUCAACGAAGAAACGAUCAAAGCUUCGAACUAUUCGAAAAACAUGUUUAGGAAUUUUGAUUUUUUUGACGCUAACUGGUUUAUCGUUAAGUCUAACUGCUAUAUAUCUACCUUCAUGGCAGGUUGUUUAUUUUGCUGAAUAUAUGCAUGAUCAUGGCAGAGAGCACGCAAUGCAUGAGCAUGGCUUAUGGCAAGACUGUAAUAGAAAUGUCAGAAAAGAAAUUGACGCUCUUGGAACUCACGAAACUAUAUUAACUGGUCCAUCACAGUGUCUUUACAAAUGGGACUAUGAGGCAGUCGGUAACAGGGUUGAUCCUUAUGAACCAAGCGUUGACGGUGAAACGCAUAGGCAUCAUUUUUACGGAUGGCAGAUAGCGACAUUGGCUUUUCUCGGAACAGCUUUACUGUCAGCUAUAACAUCAUCAUUUUUGAUCUGCUGUGCCUGUCUUCAUCGUUCAGUCACCUUUACGCUUACAGCGUCAUCGCUUUUAACCCUAGCGCUGUCGGCUGCCGGGAUAGUGAUAUUCUUUUUUUACGCGCACAGAGCCGAGAAUCGUUUUAUCAGUUCUGCUGUAUUGACGCAUGAACAAAUUCUUGGUGAUGCAUUCUAUCUGGAACUGGGAGCUGUCGGAGUUCAUCUGUUGGCAUUUAUUGUUUCCCUGCUAAUUCUUUUGGCAACAUUACGAGAUAAACCGGCGAAGAAUGUUGUGACAUCAAAGGAUGAUCAAGAAUUAUUAAGUAUUAGUCAGGUUUCAAAAUCUACUGGUCCGAAUAUUCUCAGGACCUUAGAAGUGGAUCCACCACUCCUUUAUCAUCAAACCACAGGAACAACACUGUCACAGUCAACACCUCAUUACAUCAAACACCACAGCAACACUUAUCGUUCACCUGCAGCCAGCAUGCCAGAAUUACCGUCCCGAAUUUAUCGGUGUGGUAGUGAAACUCGGGUCUAA